AUGGAUGGCGAGAAAAACCUUUCAUACAAAAAUAAAAAAAAGUACAACUUGAGCAAAGAAGGCACAGCCAUGCAGGUCAGGUCGCUCGAAAACUACAUAGCGGCACUGGAAAGGACGGGCAGUCCGGGCGUCGAGAAGAUGGCGAGAGCCUUUCGCAACCAGCUCCUCCUGAUCCGGAACCACUACGGCAGCCGCCUCACGCACCACUGGGGGCUGAGCGGCGUCAGCAGGACCUACCAGGAGAUGAGCCAGGCGGUCAGCAACCUGCUGGAGGACGUCAAGGAGGUCCACGACGAGGCGAACCAGCCACACCAGCACCUUAUCGACAUGGACAAGAAGCGCUGA